AUGACGACACAGACAGCUACGCAGAAGAACCCAUCCUUCGUGCUUCAAGCACCCAACAAGGUCGUCUACGAAGACCGACCAGUCCCCGAGCUACCUUCACAAUACGAUGUCAUCGUCAAACCACGAUGGACGGGCAUUUGCGGCUCCGACGUGCACUACUGGGUCGAAGGACGCAUCGGGCCUUUUGUCGUCGAAUCGCCCAUGGUCCUAGGCCAUGAAUCGGCUGGCAUCGUCCACGCGGUAGGCGACAAAGUAACCUCCCUCAAAGUCGGCGACCGCGUUGCAAUGGAGCCCGGCGUCCCUUGUAGGCGCUGCGUUCGCUGCAAAGAAGGCAAAUACAACCUCUGCCCGGAUAUGGCGUUCGCCGCGACCCCACCAUUCGACGGCACGCUUGCGAGGUAUUACUCCCUACCUGAGGAUUACUGCUAUAAGCUCCCCGAGGGCAUGAGCAUGGAAGAGGGUGCACUUAUUGAGCCCACGGCGGUCGCGGUGCACAUCACACGGCAAGCAGCUAUCAAGCCCGGGGACUCGGUCGUCGUAUUCGGUGCUGGGCCGGUCGGUCUGCUAUGCUGCGCAGUCGCGAAGGCAUACGGUGCAACCAAGGUUGUGACCGUAGACAUCAACGAGGAGAGGCUGCAGUUUGCGCUCAAGUACGCAGCGAACGCAAGCUUCAAGAGCGCGAGGGUGAGCGCAGAGGAGAACGCAAAGAACAUGAUCAAGGAGUGCGGACUCGGCCCCGGCGCAGACGUUAUCAUCGACGCCAGCGGUGCCGAGCCGUGCAUUCAGACGGCGAUACACGCGCUGCGGAUGGGUGGGACGUAUGUGCAGGGCGGCAUGGGCAAGCCCGACAUCACCUUCCCCAUAAUGGCCAUGUGCACCAAGGAGCUCAACGUCAAGGGCAGCUUCCGCUACGGCGCCGGCGACUACCAGACCGCCGUCGACCUCGUGGCCACCGGCCGCGUCGCCGUCAAGCAGCUCGUCACCGGCAAGGUGAAGUUCGACGACGCGGAGAGCGCGUUUAGGGACGUCAAGCAGGGGAAGGGCAUCAAGAUUCUAAUUGAGGGGCCUGAGGAGUGA